AAAGUUGACCUUAUUAAGAUGGACCCCAAAUCUUAACAGUUUCUUUUUCAAAAUUGAUACUCUCUCACUUUCCAGAUUGGUAGAAUGUGAAAUCUUAGUCUCCUAUGUUUAUUGCUAUUAUGCACCAAAUAAUGCUGUUUGAUACCUUUUGGCUUAUGAGUGUAUAAAGAGAUUUCAAUAUAAAACUAAAAAGUGCUAGUUGGAUUAAUAGUCUCUAAUGCAAGCUAAAAGAAACUUCGUUAAGCUGAUGUGACAAAGAAAAAGUAAAAAAUAUCUAGAGCUCCAUCUAGAUUGAAAAGCUAUGCUAGAAGGAAUGACGUGGCAUCUAAAUUUAGGAGCUCUGUUAAACCGAAUAACUCUGCAAAAUUAAUAUUUUCUUUUCUGAUGUACAUUUCUAUCCAUAUUUAGACCUGCUUUCAUUUUUAUUUAAAGAGAAUCGAACACCUAAAUCGCAAUACAUAGAAUCCAUAUUUAGAUUUGUAUUUAGUUGAGCUUGUAAUUCUUUGAUAAUCCGAAUUUAUUCUCUAAAAGCAAUUCGAAACAGGACUUAUUGUUUAAAAAUCCAAAUUAUUCAUAUCUACAGGACAAGAUGACAUUUAUUAGAUGCAUCAAUUGCCUUAGGGAUUGUUUAAAAAAAAUAUACUUAAAUUUUAUCAAGUUUUCAUUUGAUCAGAUUUCAAUUUUAAUCACAUCUUUUUAUGAAAAACGGCUAAAACGUUAUCAAACAACCCCUCAAUUGAUAUUCAACAUACUGUUUUAUCUCUCUAGUUCAUUUUAAUGUCUAUCGCGUUCAAUAAAAAAUAUUACUCUCUCUCAUGUGGAAUGAAUCACACAACCAUUUCGAAGCUAGACGCCUCUGCCAAGGAAAAUCGAAACCUGCUGCAUCGCUCAGUUGCCGUGAAAGCAUUUCAAACAGAUUGUUAGUUUUUAAUAUGGAAAAAGAGAGACGACGUGAAAUGGCUCCUUCAACCUCCAAUCUGAAGCAACUUCUUAAAUAUCAAUCCAAGUGCAAAAGGCUCGAGAUGUUUGAUGGCCAGGGACAACUCGUUCUAAUUGUCACUCACUUUAUAAUAAAGUUGUGUUCUGAAGAUGAUGAAAUAAUUAUUUUAUUGAAGAGCCUUGAAGAUUCAGCGAAGCUUUGUUGGAUUUACAGCCGUCAUAGUGAAGAAGACAGAAAAUUUUCCACCAUGUUCUGGAAUUUUAUAACACAGCUUAAAGUGUUCUUCGAAGUCCCAAAUUUUAAGAGUACUGCAAAUCCCAAUGAGGUUGUUGCGGCCUUUGUUGACCUUCUCCUUGAACUCUUAGAAGAAAUACUUCAUCGUCGGCCAUAUUUCAUUCAUGGAAAGGUCGAAAAAUUCAUUCAAACUCUAAAGAUGGAGCUGAAAUUUCUUAUCACCUUUCUUGGGGAUACACCAUCUCAGCUCACUGAGCUUGAGACAACCAAGAAUGUAUUGAAAGAUAUUGAAGCUGUGGCCAAUGACGUGGGAAGCUUCUUAUAUUCAUUCUUUCUCAACAAAGAUCGUAUUUCUAUAGGUGAAAUGAAUAACUCUCUUUCUGAUUUGUUGAGAAAUGUGGAGCUUGUGAAAGAAAGCAUCACUACGCACUGUUUCACAGUGGCUCAUAUAUGGUCAAGCCGUAUGACUCCAAAGAUUGCAGUGGUUUCCCUCUCUUCUGUUGAUUCUAUCCUUGAUUAUAUAGAGGAUAGAAUCAACAAUGAUGACAGGAUUGCUGAUGUGAAGGAUCAAAUUAGAACAAUCCAUCAGAACUUGACGAAUUUGAAGAAUAGCGUAAAAGAACUUGCAAUCCAUCCGGAAUGUGAAGAAUACUCUAUGCAACUUAUUAACGUAGCAUUUGAAGUUGAAUACAUCAUCCACUCAUUUGCUCCUCAGUCAUACAUCACCCUCAGGAUUCUUCAAGUCACUGAGAAGAUUAUACCUAUGAUGAUGCAACUCCAAAAACUGAAGAAGAAUGAUUCUGGAAAGCUAAAGGUUGCAGAAUAUGAUUCUGGAAAGCUAAAGGGUGAAGAUUAUCCAAGGAAACAUGGACCAUUGCUAGUUCAAGGGGUUCAAAUUGGAGAAAGUCAUCUAUAUCACUUUAUGGAUGCGGAAAUGAAAAUUAUAAAAAUACUCCUUGAAGGACCUGAACUACUAGCUAUUUCCAUUAUUGGCAUGCCUGGACUUGGCAAGACAACAUUAGCAAAUAGGUUAUAUAACAAUCCAAUGAUUAUUAAUCAUUUUCACAGGAGGAUCUGGUGUGUUGUCUCUCGAACUUACCAGAGGAGAAAUAUUUUAAUUGACAUUUUGAUGUCAAUAGACACCGAUAACAAAGACCAAUUUCUGAAUAUGGAAGAUGAAAUGUUGACCGAACUGAUCUUCCAAUAUUUAAAGGGGAAGAGAUACAUCAUCAUCAUGGACGAUAUAUGGAAUGUAAACGCAUGGGAUGAUAUAAAAAGAUGCUUUCCUGAUGACCGCAAUGGAAGCAAAAUAUUGAUCACCAGUCGAAACAUGAAUGUUGCCUCUUCAAAUUAUCGCUGCAACUUCUCUCUUCGUCUCCUGCGGGAGGAUGAAAGUUGGAAUUUAUUGCUGGGGAAGGUGUUCAACAAAGAACGCUGCCCUCCAGAGUUGGUAGAUGUCGUAAAGAAAAUUGCAAGAAAUUGUGGUGGAUUACCAAUUACAGUUGUUAUGAUAGCUUCGGUACUUAAGAAUUUGGAGAAGAAAAGAUCUUUAUGGAUGGAAGUUGCUGAAAAUAUAACUUCAUACAUCUCUAAAGAGACAAAUGAGUACAUGAGUGUGCUAGAAGAGAGUUAUAAUGAUUUACCAUUGUACUUGAAACCAUGUUUUCUUUACUUUGGAGUAUUUGAGAAAGGAAGGGAAAUCCCAGUACGGAAGUUGAAAAUGUUAUGGCAUGCUGAAGGAUUUAUAGGGAAAGUGGAAGAUAAGAGCUCAGAGGAUGUGGCACAGGAAUAUUUAAUGGAUCUAAGUAAUAGAAACUUGUUGCUACUUGCUAAAAGAAAAUCUGACGGUGGAAUGAAAUCAUGUACUAUCCAUGGUGUAAUGCAUGACAUGUGCUCGAGACUGGCCGAUAAAGAUAACUUCGUGAAGGCGAUCACAGAUCGAUUAUCAAUAUAUGAGCAACACCACUGCCUAAGCAUUCACUCUCACUCAAUUCCUUCUUUCUCAAGACCUUUCGGCCUACAUAUUCGCUCUUUGUUGGGGUAUUUACCUGAUCCAUCCGCAUUCAUCUUUUCCAGCUUGAAACAUCUUAAGGUAUUGGACUUGUCAAGCACAGAUUUGAGAUUGUAUAAUCUGUCAGGAAGUGAAGUGUUGGCUUCCUUAAGGUUCUUGGCAGUUUCAUCUAUUCCAUCAUCAGUAGAGAUAUUCAAGAACCUAGAAUUUCUUUUGGUGGAUAACAAAGAAGUAGUGGAAAUCCCAGUUAUCCUUUUAAAUAUGGUGAAGUCGAGAUGUGUGCAUUUCAGUGGUGGUGCACAAUUCAGUGAAUCUUGGCGUCAAGCAACUCAUGAUGAGAGCUUCCAAAUGAAAACCCUACAAAAUCUUUCUUUUAUUUUCAUUUAUGACGAAAAUGACGAGAAAAUCCUGAGAUCUUUUCCCCGUCUUCGCAUGCUGAAAUGCAAAUAUACAGUGUUUUGGGAUUCAUCAAAGAACCGCUAUCGCUAUCCUGCCUUACACUACCUUAGUCAGCUUGAAUACCUUAAUAUAUCAUUCCGAUCGAGUUAUGAGUCAGAUGGCAUUACUCCCGGAUUGAUCAGUUUACCCUCGAGUCUUAGAAAGCUAACUCUCUGUAACUUCGAUUUAUCUCGGAUGCAUAUGGAGAUAAUUGGGAAGUUACCCCGCCUUGAGGUUCUCAAGUUACGAGAUGAUACAAUUCAGGGAAAACGGUGGGGACAUAAACGAAGGUGAAUUCAUACGACUCAAAUACUUGGAACUGGACGCGGUACAGAUCGAACAUUGGAAUGCCUAUUAUACUCCUUUCCCCUCGCUUGAAAGACUAGUAUUGCGAAGCUGCCAACAUUUUCAGAUUCCUUCCAGUUUUGGGAAAAUUUCAACUCUACAGAAGAUUGAGGUACUUGGCUGCACAAAAUCCGUUGAACGCUCUGCUUUUCAAGUCAACGUCGAAACUCUAGGCUUGGGGAAUGACGCCUUCGAAGUCAUUGUCUCCAGCUCUGGCUCUUAUGACUUGUGAAGCUGAAAUGAUGCUGGAACUUGUUUGUGGUGGGUAAAAUCAACUAACCAAAAUUGUGAAAGUUUUAAUAAUUGGUGAAAUACAUUGUACUCUAUUUUUGGUUUCAAAUGAAAUCGGAGACUCGUUCUGUGCAAGGACCUGAAUUUGUUUGUUUAUUAAGCGCAUGAGUUUAUUUUAGUUCAAA